AUCGAAGCCGGCGGUCAGGAUGUAAUAGGGCUCAUCAGCUCCGCCGCAGGGUUGGAAGAGCUCCGGACUUUUUAAUUUUGGUAGAUACUCUGGUCUCCGAGCCCGAACUGCCAUGGCGAUGGCGGUUAGGGUUUGUCUAGGGUUUCUGAUCGUCCUCCUCUACUCGAAUUUCUCCACCGCGCUGUACGAGGAUCAAGUAGGACUCGCAGAUUGGCAUCAGAAGUACAUUGGAAAAGUGAAGCAGGCUGUAUUUCCGACUCAAAAGUCAGGAAGAAGGCGUGUAGUAGUCUCUACCGAAGAAAAUGUCAUUGCCUCUCUUGAUCUUCGUAGGGGGGAUAUAUUUUGGCGACAUGUGCUUGGAAAAGAUGACCAUGUGGAUCAAAUUGAUAUUGCUCUUGGAAAAUAUUUUAUAACACUCUCUUCGGAAGGUAGUAUAUUAAGGGCAUGGAAUCUUCCUGACGGGCAGAUGAUGUGGGAGUCUGCUUUUUAUGUUUCAACACCCUCAAAGUCGUUGUUAUAUGUUCCGGCAAACAUUAAUUUGGGAAAAGAAAACUGGUUUCUUGUUUUUAGUGGAGGGUGGCUUCAUGCAGUAUCAAGCAUAGAUGGUGAAAUUGUUUGGAAAAAAGAAUUUGCCAUUGAUAGCUUAGAGAUAAAGCAGGUUUUUCAGCCUCCGGAGAGUGAUAUCAUAUAUGCUGUGGGAUUUGUUGGUUCCUCACAGUUUUCUGUAUGCGAGCUUAGUUCUAAAAGUGGGGAGGUGCUAAAGCACAACACAGCAUCUUUUCCCGGUGGUUUCUGUGGUGAAGCAUCACUUGUUUCUAGUGACAUGCUAGUGGCAUUAGAUGCCACCAGGUCGGCUUUAAUUGCAAUAAGCUUCCAAAGUGGAAUUAUAAAUUUCCAUCAGACAUAUAUUUCAGAUCUUGUUCAAGAUUUUUCUGGGAUGGCUGCAUUAUUACCUGUAAAAUUUACUGGUAUCUUUGCCAUGAAAACUGUCUCAAGUAUAUAUUUAGUAAGAGUUAAGGGUGUGAGUGAGCUGGAGGUCCUUGAGAAAUUUAACCAUCCAGCUUCUGUUAGUGAUGCUCUCACUCUCUCCGAAGAACAACAAGCUUUUGGAAUUGUGCAGCAUGUAGAAACAAAAAUUGAUUUCAGGGUGAAGCUGGACAAAGACUUAAGAAAUGGUGUUCUUAAAGAAACUAUAGAGAUGGAUCCCCAAAGAGGACAUGUUCAGAAGGUUUUCAUAAGUAAUUAUGUUCGCACAGACAAAUCUCAUGGGUUUCGGGCCUUAAUUGUAAUGGAAGAUCACUCACUAUCAUUGGUACAACAAGGUGUGGUUGUCUGGAGUAGAGAGGAUGGGCUAGCUUCGAUUAUUGAUUCAACAACAUCUGAACUACCUGUUGAGAAGGAAGGUGUUUCAGUUGCAGAGGUGGAACACAACCUCUUUGAAUGGCUCAAGGGGCAUGCGCUGAAACUUAAAGGGACUCUCUUGCUUGCAAGCCCUGAUGAAAUAGCUGCCAUUCAAGCAAUGAGACUAAAAAAUUCUGAGAGAAAUAAGAUGACUCGAGAUCACAAUGGAUUUAGAAAAUUAAUUAUAGUUCUAACUAGAGCUGGAAAGCUUUUGGCACUACAUACUGGAGAUGGGCGCAUUAUCUGGUCUCUCUUUUUCCCUUCCCUUCAUAGAUCAGAAGCCUGUGAACACCCUUCUGCCUUAAAUAUUUAUCAGUGGCAGGUUCCUCAUCAUCAUGCAAUGCAUGAGAACCCAUCUGUUCUUGUAGUUGGCAGAUGCGGACCUAGUCAUGAUGCACUGGGUUUUUUCUCUGUUGUUGAUUCUUACACUGGGAAGGAGCGGAACUCUCUAAAGCUUGCUCAUUCUAUAAUUCAAGUCAUUCCAUUGCCUUUGACAGAUUCAACCGAGCAGCGACUUCAUCUUAUCAUAGAUGCAAAUCUCCAAGCUCAUUUAUACCCAAGAACUCGUGAUUCUGUUAACAUUUUUCUUCGUGAAAUGUCAAAUAUAUACCGGCAUUCAAUUGAAGUAGGAAAAGACAUGAUUAGAGGAUAUUCAUUACAAAGCGGAUGCAACCUCGAUGUAGCUGAUGAGUACUGCUUUAACACUAAAGAGUUGUGGUCUAUUGUUUUCCCUUCUGAGUCUGAGAAAAUUGCCACAACAGCAACAAGAAAGAUAAAUGAGGUAGUUCAUACCCAAGCGAAAGUUAUUGCAGAUCAAGACGUAAUGUAUAAGUAUGUAUCAAGAAAUAUACUUUUUGUUGCCACCGUUGCUCCUAAAGCUGCUGGAGAGAUUGGAUCUGUGACACCAGAAGAAGCUUGGUUAGUUGCAUAUCUCAUUGAUGCCGUCACUGGCCGCAUACUACAUCGAGUGACUCACCAUGGUGCACAGGGUCCUAUCCAUGCUGUUGUGAGUGAGAACUGGGUUGUCUAUCACUACUUCAAUCUCAGGGCACACAGAUACGAGAUGUCUGUCAUUGAGAUUUAUGAUCGAUCUCGAGCAGAUAACAAAGAUGUUUGGAAGCUUGUAUUGGGCAAACAUAACUUGACAUCGCCCGUUUCUUCAUAUUCUCGGCCAGAUGUGAUGGUAAAAUCCCAGUCAUACUUUUUUACCCAUUCUGUGAAGGCUAUGGCAGUUACAGCAACAGCCAAGGGCAUAACAUCCAAGCAGCUUCUCAUUGGUACUAUAGGCGAUCAGGUCUUGGCACUGGAUAAGCGUUUUCUUGAUCCUCGUCGAAAUGUCACUCUCACACAAUCAGAAAAGGAAGAGGGAAUUAUACCACUGACAGAUUCUUUGCCAAUCAUCCCUCAGGCCUACGUGACACACGCUCUUCAAGUGGAAGGUCUGCGAGGCAUAGUGACAAUCCCCGCCCGAUUGGAAUCCACCACACUUGUUUUCUCGUAUGGAGUUGAUAUCUUUUUCACCAGGAUUGCCCCAUCAAGAACCUAUGAUUCGCUUACAGAAGAUUUUAGCUACGCACUUCUUCUCAUCACGAUUGUCGCGCUAGUUGCUGCUAUUUUCGCAACAUGGAUCUUAUCUGAGAAAAAGGAGCUGAGAGAGAAAUGGAGGUGAAAGCAUCCUCCUAUUUGCAUUGUAGUAUUUGUGUACGUUUGGUCAUCAUAGGCCCUGUUUUUGGUUAAUUUUGUUAUACUUCCUCAACACAAUUGUAUUACCGACGACAUUCGUACGUAGUAUUUGGCAACAGGCGCUUUUUACAUUUC